AUCAGCCGUGACAACAUCAGUCGAACGACCGACUCCUGCUCCUGUUUUUAUAUUGUUGGGAUAUCUUCCCCGCAAUACUUUAUCCUGGCCCGUUUCCUCUCUCUCUCUCUCUCUCUCUCUCUCUCCCCGAUCGGACUCGGCCAUUCAGGUUGCAGGAUUUUCCCCGCAGCCAAUCACAGGGGAAGUGGCGAAGGCGGGAAAAGUUUUUGUUACAAAGUGAAUCUCACCGGAAAUUGAAGGUAACAAUUGGAACAGAACAGCAACACAAAGUGGCCCGGGUCCAGGACCAGGCGCAGAGUGAUCCGGAUCCAGGACCGAGUCCGAGACCCAGCGGAGAGUGAUCCGGGGCAGGACCGGGUCCACACUAUCCCGGGACCGGGUAGCCGGCGGCGGACUGAUGGAGCCGCCUGUCCCGGGCGCCGAGCCGCCGGAGCUGCCCCGCGGGUUCUUGCAGAGUCUGCGGACACUCUUUGACAUCCUGGACGACGAGCGGCGGGGGUCGGUGCACGUCCUGGAGAUCGAGUCCCGCUGGCGCCGGGGCGGCGCCGGCCAGGCCCUGCCCCCGGGGGUGCUGCAGUGCCUGCGGAGGGCGGCGCCGGCCUCCGGUUACCUCACCUUCGAGAGGUUGGUGGCCGGCCUCCGCUCGGCGCUGCUCAGCCCCGGGCCCGGCGGUGGGCCAGAGCCCGGCCACAGCGGCGAGUGGAAGAGGCCCGUUGGCAGGGAGCAGCCCUGGCCGGCGGGCUCCCGGCUCGCCGGGCAGCUCCAGCUGAUCACCAGUCUGUGUGGCGGCGGUGGGGAGAGACAGAAACCCCCCCUCGGGGUGCGGUCCACGAACGUCCCCGACGGCUGCCUGGGGCAGCACCGGGCCCUGGCGGGGGACAGGGAGCAGCGCGCAGAGCGGAGGGAGGCGAGGGUGGCGCCCUGGCGGGAUGUCGGUGAGCAAUGGGCGCUGGAGGAACAGAAGCACCUGAGGGCCGACAGGAGGCACAUGACCCGCUGCCAGAGCGAGGCUGCCUGCAGUGGAAUAGCUUACGGCCGGCGUCAGGGACGUGACCGCAGCGAGCUGCGGCGCCACACCAUCACCAGUGGGGCGGACUACAGCGCGCUCAAGUGGAUGAAGGAGCUGGAGCAGGAGAAGGAUGCUUUGCUGCAGGGACUGGAGAUGAUCGAUUGUGCCCGUGACUGGUACCUCCAUCACAUCCAGGCCAUCCAGGACCAUCAGAGGAGCAUCGGCCAAUCGUCUGCUGACAGUGGUGAAGCUGCCGUGAGAAGCUCGGGGAGGUUGGACCAGCUGCUGCCCAAACUCCAGCUUGUCAGUCGCUGCCUCGCUGACCUUAUUUCCUGUUCGGCAAAGCCGCUGGCCAGAUCGUCCAACCCGGUGAAUGGCUCAGACCCGUCCAACCAAGCGAGCGUUCCAGGACUCGGGAACAACGCACAGGUGGUCAGCAUGCUGAAGGAGCAAAACCGGCAGCUCACCAAGGAGGUGACCACCAAGAGCGAGCGGAUCACCCAGCUGGAGCAGGAGAAGUCGGCCCUCAUCAAGCAGCUCUUCGCCGCCCGCUCGCGAGCCCAGCCGGAGAACAGCCAGCUUGACUCCACCUUCAUCUGAGGCCCGAGCGUGCUCGGGUCGGAGCCGCACCCUGUGGCUCGGACACUCCGCAGCCAGAACAUCCGACACUCCUCGCUCCCGGUCUCUGCCCCCGCACAGAGGAGGAGCAGCCUGCACCUCGCGUGCCCCCUCCACUCCUGACUCCUUGGACUCGUGGUGGGCUGGGUGUCUGUACCUGGGCUGCAGACCUCGAUACAGCGGGAGAGCAGGGAGUGGCCCGCACUCCGUUCCUUGUUUACUUGCUGCUGGAGACCCCCCCCCCCCCCCCCCCCCC